GCCCCUUCUUGCGGCCGAAGCUCCUACCCUAUGGCGCGUCGAAUCUCCAGCAGCCAAUGAAACGCCGCUAUGGGCCUUGUUCCCGAAUGUUAACAACGUUUCUCCCAGGUCCUCCCCAGGUCCUCGUGACCUCGUUUCGGUUCUAGCGGCGGCCGCAUUUGGAACGCCCCCGGGGGCAUUCCUCUUCUUUCUGAUUCUAUCCAGGCGCGGCGCGGUGUCCGCGAUGGUCUCGGCCAUGCUCCUCCUAUUACUUGGAGUCUUAUUGGGCCCGUGCGCCGGGGAUAACCUUUUCCUUAGCCGGCACUUCUUCCUGCAAAGCGGCUGGGAAGAGAUGACUUUGGGAGGCCGGCGCCACCCUCUCUCCUUGGAGCUACUGGAGGCGGUGGUGGAGGACCUAGCCUCGCUGAGGUCGGGGCUCCUGGGCGUUGGCGUGGACUUGCAGUUGGAGCUGGACUGCAGGGAACUCUUGACUGCCUUCGCCGAGGGCAGCAUGAGGCUGACCGGUUGCUUAGUGCGGAGCGCCCGGCCUGUGAGGAUCUGCCAGAACUGCUACCUCCAGUUCCGGGACGUCUCGGAGGAGCUGGAGAAUAUCACCAGGGUCGUAGGGAACACAACUGAGAGCAACCACUGUGCCAAAAGUCUCUUGAUAUCUGAUAGACUACAGAUAGUUGUGGUCCUAUAUAAGUUUUUUAUUGACACAUGGCAGAAAGCAAACUGUGCAAAUUGUUUAAAGAACAAGAGUGAAGGCUUAUCGAAUAGUACAGAGAUGUUCCUGGCCUUAUUCAAUGAAUCAUUGGCAUGCUUUGAACACAACCUUCAGAAGCAGGAGGACAAUCUGAUACCAGGUAACUUCACAGAAGUGUGCAAGAAUUGCAGUACAACGUAUAAAAAGCUAAAUGCCAUGUACAACAUGAUGCAGCAGGGUGAGCUGAAUGAUGAAUCUGGAGAACAGUCCCAUUUGUGUAUUGAUGUGGAAGAUGCAAUGAAUAUUACACGAAGGCUUUGGAGCAUGACUUUCAACUGUUCUGUUCCCUGCAGUGAUACAGUGCCAGUGAUUGCAGUUUCAUCAUUCAUUCUCUUUUUACCAGUUGUUUUUUACCUGAGUACCUUACUCCACUCAAAGCAGAAAAAACGUAUCCUGAUCCUCCCUAAGCGGAUUCAGUCAAACACCAGUUUUGUGAGCAUCCAAGAAAAAUGUAACUGAGCCUGCAGAAUCCAAACCAUAAUACAAUAUUUAUAUACUGAUUCCUCUGACAGUGAUUAACUCUGGUUUAGCCUUGUACUGUGUGGUAACAAAGAAAAUGGCCUGUAAUUCUCAGGUCCAUUCAGUGAAAACCCCUUGGAACAUCGUUGUGACACUGUAUGAUCUUCACACAGGAAAUUGAUAUAUUUCUCUCUCCUUCUAUACUUAUGCUUUUGAUUCAUUUGCUUUCUGACUGGUAACUUUUGAACAUGAAUUUGUAACACAUUCCUGUUCUUCGUUCUCACAUGUAGAUUGAUAAGAAUCUAAUUUUACUUUCUAUGUAUGAUGAGUUUACAAGUUUGCAACCUCCAUUAAGAUUUAGUAACAUUAUGUGUGUCUGUAAAUUGAGUGUUGAUUCUUUUUAAAGAUGCUGUCAGAAAAUGAAAGUAGAACUACUGCCUUAAUGAAUGAUGAUAGCCUGCAACUUUAGGUUAUAUAUCUUGGGUCUUUACCCUCUAACCAAAUAAUUUCAUAAAACGUUGCUUAGCUCAUUUAAGUAGUUCCUACACAUUGAAAUAUAUUGCUGGCUACAGGCAGAACUACUGAUAAUCUGAAGUAUAUAACGUAACAUUGGGUUGUAUUCCACUAAGUCUUACUUAGAGUAGACCCACUGAACUUAAUGAACCUAAGUUAGUAAUGUCUGUUAACUUCAGUGAGUCUGGUCUGAGUAGGACUAGAAAUAUAUACUGCCCUUUUUAUCUCUGAAACUGCUAUGGAUGGGGUCCAAGCACCUCAAUGGUGUGCUUCAGCAAGCUGUAUUUAUAUGAUUUGAGGUUUUACGACAGCAGCAGCUGUGGAGAUCGUGCUAACUGUGGCGUUACUGCUUAACAGGGUUCUUUCCUUACCCUCCCCCUAAGCUAGUGUUUAUAAAAAAGUGGCUGUAUAUUUAAUGGUACAUGGUAUAAAUACAUUUCUUGGUACAACGGUAUUUGCUAUUUUUGUAUAUAUUGCCACGGGGAGGUUAGUUAAAAAAAAGAAAAUCACUGGAGAUUCUGAAUUGGUUAGCCUAGAACUCAUUUGGGUCUACAAUAUGAGUUUACAUAUAUUUAAGGGAAGUAGUGAUUUUUUACAUAGAUAUUUUAUGAAAUUGGUAUUUUUGUAGCAAAUGAGACACAACUAUUUCUAUCAUUUUAACAAGUUCAGGCCUGGUUAUGGGACUGAAUCAGCUUGGUUGCCCUGAUGGAUGACCUUUAUCGGGAGAAGGACAGGGGGACUGCAACCCUAUUCUUCUUACUUGAUCUCUUAGCGGCUUUUGAUACCAUUGACCAUGGUAUCCGUCUGGGCCGACUUGGUGAGCGGGUUUUGGAGGCACUGUUUUACAAUGGUUCCAAUCCUAUCUCCAAGGUCGCUCUCAAAGUAUUGCAUUGGGUGACUGUCUUUCGGCCCCCUGGCAGUUGUGCUGUGGGGUGCUGCAGGGUACCAUCUUGUCCCCCAUGCUGUUUAACAUCUAUAUGAAGCCCUUGGGAGCAGUCAUCAGGAGAUUUGCGGUGAGGUGUCAGCAGUAUGCUGAUGAUACCCAGCUCUAUUUCUCCGUAACAUCUGAAUCAGGAGAGGCUGUGCAAGCCCUGGACCGGUGCCUGUACUCGGUGGUGGGCUGGAUGAGUCUGAAUCCUAGCAAGACAGAGGCACUGUGGGUUGGUGGUUCCCGAGUUUGGAUAAUUGGUCAGUUGCCUGCUUUGGAUGGGGUCGUACUCCCUCUGAAAGAGCAGGUCCAUAGUCUGGGGGUGCUCCUGGAUCCAUCUUUGUCGCUAGAGGCCCAGGUGACCUCCAUGGUUAGGAGUGCCUUUUACCAGCUUUGGCUGAUAAGACAGCUGUGGCUGUUUCUGGACCGGGAUAGCCUGACCACUGUUGUCCAUACACUGGUAACCUCUAGGCUGGAUUACAGUAAUGCGCUCUAUGUGGGGCUGCCCUUGAGGUUGGUCCGGAAGCUGCAGCUGGUGCAAAAUGCAGCAGUGAGACUGCUCACUUGGGCAGGGUAUUGUCAACAUGUCACCCUGCUGCUGAAAGAACUGCACUGGCUGCCCAUUUGCUACCAGGCCAAGUUCAAGGUUCUAGUUUUGGUGUACAAAGCCCUAUACAGCUCACGACCAGGAUACCUGAAAGACCGUCUUGCCUCUUAUAUACCCAGUUGAUCACUGCGUUCCACUGGUGAGGGCCUCCUGCGGAUACCGUCUUAUCAGGUGGUUCGUUCUGUACAAUAUAGGAAACGGACCUUUAGUGUGGCGGCACCUACCCUGUGGAAUUCCCUCCCCUAAAAUAUUAGUCAGACGCCAUCUCUGCUAUCUUUUUGGCACCUUUUGAAGACUUUCCUCUUUCAACCAGCGUUUUAAGUUGAGACCUAUCCCAGUCUGCAUCUGUGUUAGAAUUGCUUUUAAUAUGUCUUUUAAUAUCUUUAACCCUUUUUAAAAAGAUGUUUUUAAAGGUUUUUUUAAAUGUUUUUAACAUUGUUUUGUUUUAAUUGUAUUUUAAGGUCUUUUUAUGAUGUUUUAAAGUGUUUUUAAUGUUUCUGUUUGCCGCCCUGGGCUCCUGCUGGAAGGAAGGGCGGGGUAUGAAUAAAAAAAUAAAUAAAUAAGUUAUAAGCAACUUAGGAUUUCCAGUGUUCAGGAUCUAAAUUUGGGGCAGAACUUAGAGGCUUAAAUAUAAAAAAAUGAGGUGCACUAGUAGAUUAAUCAAACAUAAAAUCAGUAGGAAGCCCAACAGCUUAUCCCCCUCCCCUGGGUUUCUCAUGGCUUUGAAGAAAUUUAGGGCACAAGUGUGGUCUUGCACUAUUGUUACAGUUUUUCUUUUCAACAUUUCAGAGUUUUGGUGCAAUUUGAAGGUGACAACUGGUGCUGGGGGCAGGGGAGAGGGGUGUUAACCCUUUCCCUGGUUUUUUCCCCCAUUGUAAAUGCCACUCCUGUUCUUUUCCUUUGCCCCAGCGGGGCUAAAAGCAGUUUAGAAGGCCAAUUUUCUUCAUGAGGGAAAGGAUUCUUAAGUCCCUCCAUUUCAGAAGUCCCCUUCAGACUGUAACCUGGGGAGGGGGGCUGAAUUGUGUAAAAACAAAGGAUCAUGAGACAACACAACAAGUAGUUCUAUCCUUAGAUCAAAUGCUAAGUACAGUAGGAAGUAAGUGGGACUGGCCUUCUGCUGCUUGUACCUAGAGUUGAUACUCUUAAGUGCUGGGGGGAACAUCACUGAAAUCUAGGUCAUCCUGUGUGUGUGAGAGAGAGAACCGGCCGGCAUAAUUCAUGCUUAUUGUCGGGACGAGAUUGAAGAUACCAAUACUUGCAGCCAAAAGGCCAUUCCACAGUCUGCAUGGAACAGAGUGGUAGACCAAGGUGGUAGAAUUCUGGACUGUACCAAUUCAGUUUUCAGGAGCAGAGGGCAUAUUUAUGAAUGCUUUAUUGUUAUUGUUAUUAUUAUUAUCUUUAUUUAUACCCUGCCCUUUUUCCAAACUGGAACUCGGCGGCUUCCAGAUAAAAAUAAGUACAUACCAUUAAGAACCUAUAAAAAUAUAAAACAUAUAAACAUAUGCUUUCCCUCUUCUCCUACAAGAAACCCCUUGUAUGAAGAGAGGGUUACAUUAAUACCCCACCCCAAAGUGAUAGCUUACUACACCUAGGAAACUUUAUAUGGAGGAUCUUAAAAGUAUCUCCUCCCAUCAUAGUCUGAUGUGGGAUAGGCAGAAUGCUGCAACUUCAUUCUGUGUAACUUGCAGUAGAGCUCAUUUUGAAGGUUACUUCUUGCAUGAAAUGUUUUCUAUACGGUAGUAAUCUGUGAGUGAGCCAACAGCAUGUACACUGAUUGGCGAGAAGCUGCCAAAUAUGUUUAUGCCAACAAAACUUGUGCAUUGGUUCCAGGCAUGUAGCCAAACCAAUGCUUGUGCUGACUUUAUCCAAGAUGAUGUCAGUGUUUUUUCUUUCAGAGUGGUUUCUGUUAGAAAAAUGUCAUAAGUGAUGCAACUUUGAGGCUACUUUCUACCCACUAACAUAUUAUUGGAUUUCACUUUAGCUAUUAUUGGACUGGAAGUUUUAGGCAGUGAUGUGGAGGUUAAAAUGUUGCAUGGGAUACUCAUAUUCAAAUAUUCACUUGGUCACUAAGUUCACUGGUACAAUCUGUCUCAGCCUUACCUACCUCACAGGGUUGUUGUGAGGAUAAAAUGGAGGGGGAACAAACUCUGUAUCCUACCUUUAGCUGAUAGGAGGGAAAUUGGGAUCAAAAUUACAAAAACUAACUUGAUUCCCCUCCCAUUGUGACUGGGUUGUACUUGUAGGCCUGGUUAUACUUGCAGGAAUGAGUCCUAGAGCUGCAUGGAUCUCCCGACUGCAUAUAGUGUGAUUGAGUUUGUAAUGUGUAUAUCCUGCCUACAUGAUCUUUCUAAAGUGGACAGGUAUUUUGGCAAGGUGGACACAGAGAUUGUAAGUGCUUCAGAGUAGCAGCAGGAAACCUGGACCACAAACAUUGUUAAGUGGAUUGUACUGUAAAUCAUUUGGAAGCACAAUGUGCCUGCUAAGUGCAUGAAGCUAAAUUAUCCUGCUAUGCAUAUGCAGCUACUUACCUUUUGUAAGCUGCCUUGGGAGAGCUUGGUCCUGAAAGGCAGCAUAUAAGUACUUUAAAUAAAUAAAUCAUUCUAACCAAUUAUUUUUGCCUGGAAGGACAGUAUUGGUAACAUUCUGUUCCUAAACAGCUUGGACUGUCUCUUUCAAGUAGUCCAGGGGAAAGGAAACUGUAAUGAAUUACUGUUAGGAAACUCCAUGGUAAUUAAACAACAAACUACUGCUAAUAAAAUGAAAAAUGUACCUGAAUGGAAACAUACCCAGUUGUGAAAUGCCACUGUAUGCAUCCACGCUAAAGCAUUUGAUAUAUAUGUCAGUUUUAAAUCAAAAUUGUGUCUCAGUACUUAACUCAGUCCAGAAUUAGAAUAAAUCAGGUGGUUAGGUACAUACUUCCUUAAUCAAAUAAAUUGCCCUUACUGAUUUUGAGUUUCUCCAAUCUGCUAAUGAGAUCCACAAAUCACUGAAGUUUACCUGCUAUUAGGUUAGUUCUGUUGGAUUAGCAGGACUAAGGUGCUUUAAAAUAAAAGCAUGCUGCCUUAAGCAGCAUGUUGAAUUUCAGCCAGACUAAAGGAGGAUUCCACUUUGGAGAACAUGUCCUUUAUGUAGGUAGGAUAAAAGAAUAAGAGUAAUAUCUUUAGGUAUUAAGCUCUAUCAUUUUAUUGGAUUGUUACUUGUAGGGCAAACUACCUGUUACUUUAAAAAAAAACAAUUUUUGUAUCUAUUGCAUUCAGAUUUCAAAAUGCUUGAAUUUAGCCAGCUACUGCCCUUCAAUAGCAUUACUUUGGUUUGAGGUAUCAUAUGAUGAGCAGCUCAGUGCAGUCUUUCAUUCACGCUGAGAGAGCCUGUCUGUAAAGCUAUGGAAUGUCAGCUUUGCUCUCAUAAGCAGUGGCUUUUUGAGCCCAUUCACUUUAAGUAGGUCUGAAUGUAAUUACUCUUCAGAGUGGUGGUUAAACACUUAAAAAAAAAAAAGCUUUUAUGAUUUUUCUUGUUAAGCCAAAUGAAACUGCUCAUGUGAUUUCUGUUCUUGUCUUUCAUUCUCUUAAGUCGAAACAACUUCUUUCUAAACUUGUAAAGUUAUCUUAUGGUAUAAUGUCUUUUCCACAUGGUUUCAAAUCUUACAUUUUGCUUUAAAAUCUUCUUAAAUUGGACUUUACUCUGCCUUGCAGUUUUUUCUACCUACUCUGUGAAAACCUCAGCACAUAAGCAAAAAAUGUUAUUUAUGUAGAAUUAUAUUUUUAAGAAUA